ACAAGUGACAGGCCAGCAAAUCGGCUGUCAUUUGUACACUCGAUAUUUUCAAUUUGAUUAUUUACCAAAACGUCGAAACUAUACGAAAUUGUAAUUUUAAUUUAAUUGCAACAUAAGUUAAUAAGCUUCAUUAUGACUUUCUUAGAAGAUACAUUAAUUAUUCUAAUAUCUCAAACAGUUUUCUUUGUUGGAGGGUGGAUAUUCUUUGUGAAGCAACUGUUCCGUGACUAUGAGGUCCAUCAUUUGCUGGUGCAGUUGAUAUUUUCCGUGACAUUUGCAUUGAGUUGUACAAUGUUUGAGCUGAUCAUAUUUGAAAUCAUUGGCUACCUUGAUUCAAGUUCCCGCUACUUCCAUUGGAAUAUGGGUCUAUAUUCACUGUUGUUUAUGGUUAUAGCUCUCAUACCAUUUUAUAUAGCAUACUUCUGUAUUUGUAAUAUUAGAUUUGUUUCACAGAAUAUGAUCAGACCAUUAACAAUGUUUGUCUGGUUCAUAUAUUUAUACUUCUUCUGGAAGAUUGGAGAUCCAUUUCCAAUAUUAAGUCCGAAACAGGGUAUAUUCUCAAUAGAACAAGGCGUGUCACGUAUAGGUGUAAUUGGCGUUACUGUGAUGGCUUUGUUAUCUGGGUUUGGUGCUGUCAACUACCCAUAUACAUCCAUGGCUAUAUUUAUAAGACCAGUAACACACGCAGAUGUAUUAUCAAUCGAGAAAAAACUCCUGCAGACAAUGGAUAUGAUCCUCGUGAAAAAGAAGAGGAUAGCGCUAGCGGAAGCUAACAGUGUUGGAGCGAGACAGCAAUACAUGUUAGAUCAGUCGAAUGUUAAGAAUAGAGGCGGUUUUUGGACAAAUAUUUUAUCUAGUGUGGGUAGCAUUGCCAAUCCAUUGGGGCAUGGGAGUGAGAACAUAACCCAGCUCCGUCAAGAGAUAUCAGGUCUUGAGGAGUUGAGCCGGCAGCUGUUCCUGGAGGCUCACGACGCUCGCACCAUGAGGGAGAAGAUAGAGUGGUCCAACACCUUUCAGGGGAAGUACUUCAACUUCCUAGGGUACUUCUUCUCUUUGUAUUGUGUUUGGAAGAUUUUUAUUUCAACAAUUAACAUAGUAUUCGACCGUGUCGGCAAGAAGGAUCCUGUGACUCGCGGUCUAGAAAUUGUAGUACAUUGGCUCGGUUGGAACAUAGACGUCGCUUUCUGGUCUCAGCACGUGUCAUUCAUACUCAUCGGGUGUAUUGUGUUGACCAGUAUUAGAGGGCUACUACUUACUUUAACUAAGUUCUUCUACAAGAUCUCAUCAUCGAAAUCCUCAAACAUCAUCGUCUUGAUCCUGGCCCAGAUCAUGGGCAUGUACUUCUGUUCAUCAGUACUCCUCAUGAGAAUGAACAUGCCUUCAGAAUACCGCAUCAUCAUCACCCAAGUCCUCGGAGAUUUGCAGUUCAACUUCUAUCACCGCUGGUUCGAUGUCAUAUUCUUAGUUAGUGCUUUAACCAGUAUAUUUACUUUGUAUUUAGCUCAUAAACAACCGUCGGUCAGUUAAAGAUUGUUAUUUUGUUAUGUUGUUCAUUGUUUGAGCAUUGAUAAGUGAGAUUCAAAUCUUUCAAUUGAAGCGCAAAAGUCUAUCGCCUAUAUAUGUAUAUAUGAGCGUGAUAAUAUGUUUUAAGUCAACAACAAUUUAACUACUUAGUCCUAUUGCCUUUGGCUUUUGGGUCAUAAUGACCCAUUACGACCUAUUAUGACCCUAUAGCUAAAAAAAUAACAAAAUUUAUUGUUUUUAUCACGACAAACCCACUAUGCGCGACGUGUUGUUCGUUCGAACCCUGCGAAGACAUGCAUUAAACAUGUGUUUUCCACGAAUACUUGUUCUUAGUCAAAUCCACCGUCAUAAAGAAAAAUGCCAUCGAGCGGUAGUUGUUACAAGAAAAUUGUUUAAAUUGUUGUCUCGCUAUUUAUCAAAACAUGUAUCCGAGUGUUUUUUACCAUCGCUUGACUUGAAUGUUUGUGGAAUAUGUAAUUUUUCCAACUUGAAAAAUUAGCUUUGGUUGGAUAUGACUAGGAGUGUUGUAAAUAUAUAUUUUUAUCUAUUUCUAUGUCAUUAUAAGAUGUAAAUUUAUAUUGUCGGUUUAUAUUUGCCAUAAUUACAUAAAAAGUCCGAAAUAAUAGUUCACCAUCAUGGACUGGUAUUUUAGCUUUAUUUAGAACAGUUAUUCUCAAAUUAUAUCUUCGCCGGCAAUGUAUUACAAAUUAUAAAUAAUGUCUCGCAUUGCCUAAAGGAUACUUCAUCGCAUUGUUUCCGAUAAAAAUUAUUCGAAAAUGUAUCAUAUAUGUUUAUUUUCAUCAACAUUGUAACUAUAAGUUAUUGUAUUGAAAAACGAAACCAAAAUUCAAAAGUAUUUGAUAUUUAUUGUAAGUAUAAUUCAAAAAUUGGCUUUUUGAACAUUCAUUUAAAAUGUGAUAACUUGUCAAACGGAUCUAAGUCUUGUACAUAUUUAUUUUAGUUUUAAAUAAGUUGUGUUGUGUCUAAAAUGCUCAGUUAAAAUUUAACCUUCAACUGGCAAAGGAAAAUGUACUGCAACCGUUAAAAAACCUUGUCUGAGUAACUUUCGUAAGGAUAAUUUAUACUUGAAAGAUACAAAGGCUUACUCACGCGUAUGUAUCUUGAUGGCCCACUAGUUACUGUGGAUUGCGCGACACGAAAAUUAAAUUCUUAAGUGCGGGAGUUUUUUAAGAAAUUAAGUUUCUACCCGCGAUACGGCCUCGCCGAUUCAAGAUUAAGGAAUCCAGUGGUGUCUGAAACUAGUCAGACGAUCCCGAUAAAUACGCGUGAGUAAACUGUCUAUCAAGUGGUGUGAUUGUCUGUUUGUUUAUUAACGACCAAUUUGCUUACUUGGGACCAUCAAUAUAAAAAGGGCAAUUCUGAUUUGUACAAAAAGCUUCAAAAUACGAAAUAUAGUCCGAAAAGCACAAGUCGUUACAUUAUAGUUUAAGUAUUAUUAGUUUUUUUAAGACUGAUGAACUUAAAAUUAAGAAAUAAAAGCAAGAAUUAAA